GGGCGGCCCUCAAAGGCGCCAAGUCCCUCCCCAGGCCGAGGCAGCCCUUCUCUCUUCCUCCCUCCCGGCCUAUUUUUUGUCCUCUCCUCCUUCCCCCCUCUGCCCGAGUCUUUUUCCUCCAAUGUCCGAUAUGCGGCGCCUUGCCGCCCUUCUCCUCCUGGCGGUCGGCCUGUUGGCCGUGUCGGCCACACCGGUCGCGUGCAUCAGCGUCCCGCGGCCCUCCCGUGUGCCGGUCACCCUGCACGUCAUGUCCCAGUGCCCUGAUGCGGUGCAUUGUGAGAAUGUCUUCGCCGACGUCCUGACCCAAGUGGGUCGAAUCACCGACAUCAACACCGAGUACAUCGGCAGCCCGAGCUCCGACCCGCGGUAUGAGCCCCACGGUGGUGUUCGCUGUAUGCAUGGUGGCGGCGAGUGCCAGGGGAACAUCCAGCAACUUUGCGCGCACAGCAUCUACUCCGGCUUCAACCCCAAUGGCUGGUUCGACUUUGUUCUGUGCCAGAGCGAAAACAUCGGCGCCAUCCCCGGAAACGGCCUGGAGUGCGCUAACGACCUCGAUCUCAAUAUGGACGCCUUCCGCAACUGCACCGAGCCCUACGGCUACGGUGGCCAGCUGCUGCAUGAGUCGGUCAUGCGCACCAAGGAGAGGGGUAUCACCAAGUCCUGCACCGUGGUUAUCGACGAUGAGAUUGUGUGUGUCCGCGACGGUGGGUCCUGGUACAACUGCCCCAACGGGUCGACGGUGGCGGACUUUGUCCGGCAAAUUUGCCAGCGCUAUCAGGGCCCGCGGCUGCCAACGGUCUGCGCGAAUAUCCUUGACGCCUGAGGCCGCUCUCAUGCUGCCGGUUGUGGCUGAUUUUGCCGGCCAUGGGGGCGUUGCAUGCCGCGUGUUAUGUGCACGCAUGCACACAUGGUAGUCCCCCCACUGCACAUGGACCGGCGAUUGGGCCCACCAUCCACAAGGCCCAGCAUCGACAAGACCCGAAGCCAAGUGGUGGCCAUGCAAGAGAGAGUGUGUGCUUGUGUGUCGCCAUGGCUCCGGAUGUCUCGCCUGUCUGCACUUCAUGGAAUACAUCAUUAACUUAUCCUUA